AUGGAAGUACGAGCAGAAGAUCAACAUCUCCUUACAUUAAAUACGCAUAAAGGUCUCUAUCGUUGUAACCGUUUGAUGUACGGUAUCGCUUCAGCCCCCGCUAUCUGGCAACGAAACAUAGAAAGCAUUCUCAAAGAUAUACCAGGCGUAACCGUGUUCUUGGACGACAUACGUGUGGCAGGAAAAGAUACAAAUGAUCAUUUGCAAAGAUUAGAAGCAGUUUUCAAACGUUUACAAAAGUAUAAUAUUAAAAUUAAUCUUAAUAAAAGCGAAUUUUUUAAGGAUCAAAUUAAUUAUUGCGGUUACGUUAUUGACAGAAACGGAUUACAUAAGGCACGAGAUAAAAUAGAAGCGAUAAAUAAAAUGCAAAGACCGCGAAAUAUUACGGAAGAUUGUGAGUCAAGUUUCCAAGUAGCAAAAAGAGCAUUCACAAGUCCUAAAUGCUUGGUGCAUUUCGAUCCUACAUUACACAUUACGUUAGCUACAGAUGCAAGCCCUUAUGGGGUGGGGGCGGUGCUAUCACACGUUUAUCCGGACGGUACAGAGCGAGUUAUUCAAUACGCGUCGCAAACGCUUUCAGAUACACAGAAAUCGUAUUCGCAAAUUGAUAAGGAAGCUUACGCCAUUAUCUUCGGAUUUAACUACUCAAUCAAAUACAGAAAAUCAGAAUUACAUGCGAAUGCAGACUGUCUGUCACGUCUUCCCGUAAAGAAUGACAGUACAAAUUACGAUGUUAUUGACAUUUUCCAAUUAGACACCAUUGAAACCUUACCUAUUACAAUUACAGACUUGAAAUUAGCUACACAAAAGGAUACAAAGCUUUCAAAAGUAUAUGAAUCAUUAGCAUCUGGAAAGAAACUAGAAAAAUAUGAUAAUUUUCAAAUAGAUACUCGCGAAUUUACAUUACAGAACGGAAUAAUUCUAAGAGGUCACAGAACAGUCAUUCCUCAAGCACUACGUAAGAAAAUAUUACAAGAACUUCAUCUUGGACAUUUUGGCGUAGUCAGAAUGAAGAAUCUGACCAGAGGUUACGUUUGGUGGCCAAAUAUCGAUCAGGAUAUUGAAGCUUUAACAAAGAACUGUAAAGACUGUAAUGCUUUUAGAAAUAACCCAACAAAAAUAGAAGCACACAUAUGGGAACCAACGACAACCCCUUUUGAAAGAGUACACGUAGACUUCGCAGGACCAUUUCUAGGAUGUCACUUUUUUAUUUUAGUAGAUACAUAUACUAAAUGGCCUGAAAUCCAUAUUGUAAAGAACCUUACUUCAAAAACAACAAUAGAUUUAUGCAGAAAAAUCUUCGCAACUUUCGGAAUUCCAAAAUAUUUCGUUUCUGAUAACGCAAAAACUUUCACUGCUACAGAAUUCAAAACAUUUUUAAAAGUAAAUGGAAUUACGCAAAAACUUACAGCACCGUACAAUCCAUCAACAAAUGGACAAACAGAAAGAUUUGUACAAACCCUGAAAAACUCCUUGCGGUGCAUGAGAAGCAAUUCAUCUAAUAUGCAUAUUUUAUUACAACAAAUACUUAUGCAAUACAGAAACACUAGUCAUGCCGCGACAGGAAAAUCACCAGCGGAAUUAAUGUUCGCGAGAAGACUACGUACGCGUUUAGAUUUAUUAUUACCUACCGAAAAAGAAUGUAUACAAACAGAAAGUAAGCCAGUACCGAUUGUUUUCGAGGUAGGAAAGAGAGUGAGUUGUAGAAAUUAUUUGGGGCAUGAAAAGUGGUGUUUCGGAAAAGUUAAAGAGCGGAUAGGCAAAUUACAUUAUCAAAUCCAGCUAGAUGAUGGACGAAUUUGGAAAAGACACAUUAAUCAAAUGCGUGCGAUAGGCGAGAAAACACCAGCGAAGAUGUUACAGGACAUAAUUUCCAGUAACGAUUUUACAAUAGAUAAUACUCCACCAGAAAUAGAAAGGCCAUUACAGCAAGCACCAGAGGAACCAGAGCAUUUACAACAAGAGUUGCAUCAACAAACAAUACCUGUGGAAAAUAGCAAUGAAACACAGGAAAAUCUCCCGGAUAGAGCCACAGAACCCAUAGUGGAAACUCCUACACGAGUUUCAAGGUCACCAAGAAGACCUC